GCAGAGUGAACUCCACAACCUACAAUAGAGCAAAGAGGUUCUCUUCAGAGAAAACAGGAAAACUACACAACCCUGACAGAAAACUAUUCAAAGACUAGCUGAAAAUGGAAGCAGAUAAGCAGAAAGUACAGACUGAGAAGGUUCAGGUCACAGACCGUGAUCUGUCUGAGCAGAUAAAGGCUGUGACUAAAGAAAGCCACGUCCGAGCCGAGAACACAGAACUGAUGCUGGCCUUCCAGAGAGGAAACAUCAACCUGCAGCAGUAUAAGCUCCUUCUGUGCUCCUUGUAUAAGAUCUACGAAGCUCUGGAAGAGGAACUGGACAGGAACGCCUCUCAUGACAGUGUCGCACCAAUUUACUUCCCUCAGGAACUGGGCAGGUUGGAGGCACUCAAGAAAGAUCUGGAAUACUUUCAUGGUCAGGACUGGAGACAGAAGAUGAUUGUACCAGCUGCUACACUGAGAUACGCUCAGAGCCUGAGAGAGAUUGGCAGCGAGCAUCCUGAAUACCUCGUGGCUCACGCUUACACUCGCUACUUGGGUGACCUGUCAGGUGGCCAGGUGUUGGGCCGUAUUGUCCAGAAGUCUUUAGGACUGAAGAACGGAGAGGGUUUGGCGUUCUUCUCGUUUCCCACAGUCAACAGCCCGAAUCUGUUCAAGCAGCUGUACAGAAGCAGGAUGAACAGCAUCGAGCUGACGGAGACACAGAGAGAGGGAGUGCUGGAGGAAGCUGUCAGAGCCUUCGAGUUCAACAUCCAGGUGUUUGAUGAACUCCAGAACUUGGUGAGCAUCUCAGAGAAGAAUGAGCUGAGACAGAGACACAAAGCACACACCCUCAAGACUCCAGAUGUCAGAGUGAGCCAGAGCUCAGAGCUAUCCUCCUCACCGACGUCCACCUCUCAGCUGCUCAGGAUGCUGCUCGGAGUGUGUUUAGCUCUGGCAGUCGGAAUGGGAAUGUAUGCAUUUUAAAUAUUACGGCUGUGUAACAUGUAAAAUACUGUGUAGUAUGUAAAUAUAAAGUGAUGAGUCGAGGUUAAACUCCCGGAUCAGGAAAAAUUUCUGUACACUUCCAGCAUGCACUUUUGAUUCAGACAGGUCUUAUUUUGUAUACUGUGUAAUUAUUUAUGUGUUUUAUGUAGCAUUCACAUGUUUAUAUCAAGAUCAAUAAGAACACUGUCCAGGUACCAUAUUAUCCAAUGACCUGUACUGGAUGUAGCAAGUGUUUUUGUGUGUGUGUGUGUGUGUGUGUGUGUGUGUGUGUGUGUGUGUGUGUGUGUGUGUGUGAGAGAGAGGCAGAGAGAGAGGCAGAGAGAGAGAGAAGACAAAGUGUGUGUACCUUUAAUGCACAUUCUGAAAUGAUAAAAAUGUUAAAUACUUGUAAAUAUUUAGAGAACACUGAGGUGUACAAAAUUUGCCUUUUUUUAAUAAAACACUGAAGCAAAAUUAAACAGAAUGUGUGAUCUUUCGUUAUAAUAGAAAAAUGUAUGCAGGGAAAGUGACCUACAUUAAAUAGAAGGUGUUAUUUUCAGUAUUAUCAAUAACAGUCUCCAAAACAGAGAGCUUUGCACUGGUUUCUCUGUAACAUGACAAGCUGUUUUUUGUCUUAUUAACUUAAUAAGUGGUUAAAAGCUUAAUAGUGGCUACAACUUAAUAAGUGGAUGACUCGCUCUUCAUUAAUAAAUUAAAAAUUGUAACUGUUGGUAAAUUGCAGUUGUGUGAGAAGAAUAAAACACUUGUUAAACACUUCA